GCUCAGUUCGGUGCUAGAAUUCCUCCGCAACGGAUACUAGAGCAGCUUAAGCAGCGCCAUCCUCGUCCCUCACUUCACAGUGUACAAGUUUCAUUUGACUGAAAAUCGCUUCUUUCAGCGAUUGAAUUCAAUCAGUGUAGCAACAGCAUCCUCAACGAGAUGACGACUUCACCGGCCAUGAUUCUGUACUACGACGAGGUCAGCCCACCGGUUCGGGGCGUCCUGCUAGCCAUUGCAGCACUCGGUGUGAAGGACCGCAUCAAGCUCGAGUACAUCGAUCUCUUUAAGGGUGGCCAUUUAAGUAGCGAUUAUCUUAAGAUUAAUCCACUGCACACGGUCCCCGUCCUACGGCAUGGUGAAUUAACGCUUACCGAUAGUCACGCUAUUUUAGUGUACCUGUGCGAUGCCUUUGCCCCACCAGGGCACACGCUAGCCCUGCCCGACGCACUGACGCGCGCGAAAGUUUUCAACAUGCUGUGCUUCAACAACGGCUGUUUGUUUCAGCGCGAUGCGGAAGUUAUGCGUAAAAUCUUCAGCGGUGCCAUUACUGACCCAACGCAGCAUCUCAAAUCGAUCGAGGCAGCGAUCGAUGCGCUGGAGCAGUUUCUGCAGCGAUCACGCUACACCGCGCACGAUCAGCUUUCGGUGGCAGAUUUCGCGAUCGUCGCGACACUCAGCACGGUGGCCAUUUUUGUGCCGCUCGUGACGGAUCGUUGGCCGCGGGUAUGCGAGUGGUUCGCGGUGAUGGAAGCGCUGCCAUACUACAACGACCAGAACCGCGUUGGGUUGGACAUGUUGCGCAAACAUUUAGCGGGAAAGGUUAAGCUGUAGAACACGCUUCUCAAACGCUUCUAUAUUCAUCGUAGGAUUCGUUUUCAGUGCAGUUGUUUUCGAUGUUUCAUGUUCUCUUUCUUCUUUAUUGUGCUUGUAUCGGUGCCUUGAGAAUCUCUGUGGGUGAGAGUGUUGCCGAUCUUCGCUUUCGCUUCGAUAUACACACUCGAUACGCUCUGGAUGUUUAUUUUACAGUUUACACGACACAUUCGCGGAAGCGGGAAGGAGGGUAAUAAUUUCGUGAGAAUCUACGCUCCGCGAGGAUCACACACCUGGCAGGCAAGUGUGUGAACAGUUAUAAGUUAUCAGAGUAUCAUUUUUUCGAUGGAGUUUGCGUUGCUUCAUAUAGCGUUCGCAGUGCGUGUGGUCGAACCAUCUUCCCCAUUUCUGCCAGCGUUUAAACUUUGUUAAUGUUUGUUUUUUUACGGCAUGAGUAAUAUAUUCACUUUAACAAUAA